CGCCCGCUCAUUCCGUCCCGUGACUGUGCGCUGCUCUCUCUUCUUCGGGCGCACUCGAAGCGUGAUCUUCAAAGCGCGGCUCCAGCCGCGCUCUUCCCUCGCCAUCUCGCUCGCUGCGCAAUAGCAUAAACAGAAGAAAACGGGAAGGCGACUGACUCGACCGGCUGUUGUUUGUUACACGAUCGCGCAGUGCGCGACGCAUCGUGCCAGUAACAGCGUGCCGUUUGUACUUCGUUGGUCGUUCCUGCGUGCGAUGUGCGAACCUGCCAUGCUCCUGCAACACACUUCCGUCAUCCAGAAGGGUCCCGGCGCAAUGUCCACCGGUGCAGCGGUGGCCGCCAGUGCACGGAACCUCUCGAGCGGCGGUUCCGGCCGCGGCAGCGUCGACCACGUCAAGCGUCCCAUGAACGCUUUCAUGGUCUGGUCGCGGGGCCAGCGCCGCAAGAUGGCCAUCGAGAACCCCAAGAUGCACAACUCGGAGAUCUCCAAGCGCCUGGGCGCGGAGUGGAAGCUGCUCACGGAGUCCGAGAAGCGCCCCUUCAUCGACGAAGCCAAGCGCCUCCGGGCCUUGCACAUGAAGGAGCAUCCCGACUACAAGUACCGGCCGCGACGAAAGCCCAAGCCGACCCCCUCUGGCAACCCCAGCACUGGUGCCACCACGACGUCUACGAGCCCUGCGACGGCCGCUGCGGUGGUGGCGAAACCAAUGGCAUCGAUGGCCACCGAACGACCCUUCUUCGGCUUCGAGUCUCCCUUCAGUCGCCUGGAGAGCGAGAAGGCGGCCACGGUGCACCCAGCCUUGCCGGUUGCAGCCAUGCCACCCGUCUCCGCGUCCCAGCACUGGCUAAGCUCGAGCUUGUCCAAGCUCCGGGGCGAACCUCCGCCGUUGUACUACAAGAGCGAUCUGGCGUCACAUUCACACCUGUUCGCCUCGCACUCUCCUCCCGUGUCCGCUGGCAACUUCAUGUGCCCGCUGCCUCCUCCAGGACAGAGCGGCUUCAUGCCUUGCCCUUGCCCUACCUACUACUCGCCGGCGGCAGCUGCUCUUCACCAAUCCUUCCCGUGCUUCCUUCUCAAGCCUCACGAAGGAAUGCAUGGACUCACCAGGCCCCACACGGUCCUGGCCACGUCGCCCAUGGCUUGAGCUACUAAGAAAGCCGGCGGUUUGUGGUUGUGUACAUUCUUCUGGGGACUUCUGCAGACUUUGUCAGUGCCAAGCCUGAAGCUAUGCGGUGAAAAAUCUUUUUUACGGGUGAGCCGAAUAUUCGCUCUAUCAGCGUCCCUGGUAGCACGGCCGAACCAAACGCAAGCUUCGAGGAGUUGCCGAAAGACUUAUGUCAGAAGUAUGUGUGUAGUUCGUUGCCGUUUACCAACUGACUCUUCACCGACGUAUUGUACAUAUUUCUUCCUCGCGAUGCGAUGAUCGUCGCUACUGUUGUAAAUACCGUAGUCAGAAUGCGUGUUAUAGUGUUAUAUUUUGUGUACUGACCGCCAUAGACGGUGGAGGAAAGGACUGAUCGUACUAGUACGGUCGGAAUGCUUUCUAGUCCAGCGCACUGCACGUGGGAGUGCUCAAGCAUAUAGAGGCGCCAUAGAAUCGCCAUCAGUAAACGGCAAGGCGAGUCUUCUAAAAGAAGCAAAAUAUUCGUCCCAAGGAAGCGAUGCAAAUAUAGCCAGAUAUGCAAGGAAAAUAAGACUAUCGGGCUAUAUAUAUAUAUACGAAGAAGAAGAAGAAAUGUUCAAGGAAUAAUAUAGGCCGGCUGGAGAAAAAAAGACGCCGCCGUCAAGCACAAAGGCAGCAUUCACCGACGAGGAGAGAACAAGAGCAAUUGACUCUUUGUAUACGCGGAAGGCGAAGCGUCCACAAAAGGCUGAUAGCUGGAACAGAAGAGUGUGGCGCUACGACGAGACCUCGGCUUUUCAAGAAAUUACAGCAUUCAUCAGGCCACCUGUCAGCGCGCCAUUCAAGGCGCAGCGCUAUUUCGCUGCGAAGCGCUCUCUCGCACGCAGCCGACAUGAGCGACUGCCGUAUGGGGGGGAGGGGGGAGGGGGGGGGGGAGUGUAUGUGCGGCGCCGGGGAGCGAGAUAGGCGCGCGCUCUUCUUUCGAGCGAUCGCUGGCGCAAGGCAUGCCGCUUCAACAAGCAGUGCGCAGACCGUUGGCGCCGGCCUCAUGACCGCCGCCGUUGAAUCUCGUCUCUCUCGAGCAAUGUAGUUAUAAAGGCCUGAAUGCACAUCGAAUUUCCUGACAGAGCCAGUUGGAGCAAAACGAAGAACACGAAUAAGGGCAACUGCGAAGGAACCCUGCUCGAUACAAAUUUGAUCGUACAAACAAGAACGGACGCUGCCCACUUGAAAGUUCUCGUUUCCUCUAAGUGCCUGCGGAGUCUUCAAACGCUCCUGCAUGGACCCCGUUCCACGUCGACCUCGUUGCGAACACGGGACGCCAGGACAAAAUUGCUCGCGACCACAUGUCGUCUCGUGCUCCCCGCCGUUGCGCCGAAGACGCUAGUCUCUUCAAGGAUCUUCGUUCUGAGAAACGUUGCAGCGCGAAACGUUUGAUGCUGCAGUGCUUCGCGGCCGUGUGCAGAGCUGAGAAGACGCCGCAUUAUCGCUGCAGUGUGUGAUAAAAACAAAAAGGUUCCUUAUCCCGCAAAGUGCGCGUGCAAUAAUAAUGGACAAUAAAACUGGGAAGCGACGCGCAGCUCAACCGUCGCUUUCCUUAUUUUUUCUCCUCACAAA